AUGGACAACCCAAUCCCAGGCACCCUCAACUGGCGCCUCAGUGCCCACCCCAUAACCCUCGUCACCUUCCUCGCCUUCCGCAUCGCAAGCCUUCUAGUCUACCUCCUCGGCCUCCUCUUCACCGAAAACUUCGUCCUCAUCUUCAUCAUCACCAUCCUCCUCCUCGCCUCGGACUUCUACUACCUCAAGAACAUCGCCGGGCGCCGUCUUGUCGGCCUACGAUGGUGGAACGAAGUCGAUGCCAACUCGGGCGAGUCGCACUGGGUGUUUGAAUCGGCGCCGCAGCCGAAUGAGCCGGGCGGGAAGUUGGUGAAUGCGACGGAUAAGCGGUUCUUCUGGUUGGCGCUGUACUGCCAGCCGGCGCUGUGGGUGGCGCUGGCGGUGGUGGCGAUUGUCAAGUUUGAGUUUAUUUGGUUGACGCUUGUUGGUGAACCAUUCUCAACGAAUGACAUCUUCACUUCAACCACUCAUACGCGUGAGCAGUACAAGAUGCAGCCACCAAAGACUAUCCUCAACCAAGCCAGCAGAAUGUCCACCAUUCCGCCACCCACCAAAACACAUGACAAGGUCCACACCUCAAAAACUCACACCCGUACCAUGGCCGCCACCACCGUUAACGUCUUCCCGCGCCUAAGCAGCUGCCUCUCUCUCGAAGCCGUGCUGGACAUCUACGAGCUCACAGAAAUGAUCCUGCUCGCCAUGCCGAAGAGCGACAUGCUCCUCGCCGCCGCUGGACAUCCUACCUUGCGCUACAUGUUCCAAGCCUCCUCUGCUGUGCGUAGACGUCUGGAGACCGACAUCGAUGAGCGGCAGGAAGUUGCUUUCGUACGGUACCAAAUGGAAGACGGGUCAUUGCUGGUCAUCAGGCGUUACGCGCGCACGGAAGUCAUCGCGCUUAUCUCGGAGACGGAGACCGGGAAGCGGAGGACUGAGAUGGUGUGUGGAAAGGCGCUACGUGUUGAGUUCAUCGACCCAACCAAGCUGGCAAUAGGCCGUUUCGUUGACUGGAGCCUCCGCAUUGUAAGAGAGGGUGGCAGCGUUCCAGUAUCGCACAAGGAGGCAGUCUACUGUGGCCAGCUAGAGGACUACCUGAACAGGUUCCACGCAUCCCCGCCAGCCUAUCACUAG